AUUAAGGGGUUCAUCUAUAUCAAAUGGACAGUAUUAUAUAGUUUAAAGUACAUAAAAAUUAAUGUACCAACUAGUUAAAAACUUGAAAGUAAAUAAACUAUUUACUAAAUUUUGUCGUGCCAACUUCCAUUCAAAACAUUUCCUGCUCCACCAACUAGCCCAUAUAGCCAUGACGCAUCUCCCAUUCUACGCAAAAAUAUGACUUGCACAAGACUACGUCUUAACCAUUAAAAAAAAAUGUUGGCAGAACUUAUCAAUGAAAUGCCUCGUAUAUAAAAUCCUACUUUCCUUCCGGAUGGCAUUAUAACACAGGGAUGGCAGUUGCAAGGAAGAAGCAUGAGUUAUCCUCAAAAAUAAAUAGAGUUGGAUCCAUUUUCGAGAAAGAUUUGAAACAGAGAGGAUUCAAGGAACACAAAUAGUUGUUGGUUUUUUUUUUUUUUUUUGAAAAUCAACUGGGGAAGACGAAGAUCAAGGACAACAAGAUUGGUAUCCUUUCAUGACAAAGAAUGGGAUGUGCAAACAGAAUAGGAAAGUAUCAACUUACCGGAAUGAUUGGAGAGGGAACUUUUGCCAAGGUUAAGCUUGCCGUUGACACCACCAAUGGCCAAAAUGUUGCGAUCAAGAUCAUUGAUAAGCAGAUGGUCAUGGAAAGCAAUCUCAAGUAUCAGGUACAGAGAGAGAUAAGAACAAUGACACUACUGCAUCACCCCAAUAUUGUUAGAAUACAUGAGGUGAUUGGCUCAAAGACAAAAAUAUACAUAGUAAUGGAAUAUGUGCCUGGCGGACAACUUUCAAACAAAUUGUCUUAUGUAAAAAAAUUAAAUGAACAAGAGGCAAGAAAACUUUUCCAGCAAUUGAUAGAUGCAAUAGACUAUUGCCAUGCCAGAGGAGUUUAUCAUAGAGAUCUAAAGCCAGAAAACUUGCUUUUGGAUGGUAAAGGGAAUUUGAAAGUUUCCGAUUUUGGGCUAAGCGCAUUGAGAAAGCCUGGAGACAUGCUCACCACAGCCUGUGGCUCUCCAUGCUAUGUGGCACCUGAGGUCAGGGGCAUUUUUCCUGUUGGAGUAUAUUGGUCACCAUCUAAAUUGUCCAAUUGAAAGUCUUGUAGGAAUUCAAUUUCGAAAUUAAAAGAGGGAAAAUGAAAAAUUAUUAAUGGAAACAAAUUUAGACUAGAUGUUAUGACACCAUAAAUACCUUCAAAACCAUUGAUGAUGAUGAAUAUCAUCCACUGAAUAGCUUUUGGCAAAUAAGCGGUAUGAUGGAGCAGCUGCAGAUGUUUGGUCUUGUGGAGUUAUCCUUUUUCAACUUCUUGCUGGACGCUUACCAUUUGAGGACUGCAAUCUUUUGGUUUUGUAUAAGAAGAUAUCUGGAGCUGAGUACACAUUCCCACCAUGGUUUACCAGAGGGCAGAGAAAGCUAAUCUUCAGAAUGCUUGAUCCACAUGCAAAAAGGAGGAUAAGAAUACCAGAGAUCAUUGAAGAUCCAUGGUUUCAAACAGAUUAUGUACCCUCAUGCGGAUAUAUAUGUGAUGAGAAAAUCUACUUGGAUGAUGAUAACACUGCCUUUGAUUCAGUCGAGGUACAUGCUCGAACUGACAUUGACUACCAAGAUAGGAGAGUUUCAAAAUUUUCAGCUAAACUUGUUGUAGUCCAUACAGAAGAACGAUGCAGAAACCAAGAUAGCCAAGUCCUCAAGUUUCAUAAAUGCAUUUCAAUUGAUAGCAAUGUCACAUGAUUUAUCAGGUCUUUUUGAAGAAAAGGAUGACGAGAAGAAGAAGACAAGGCUUGGAUCCAAGCAUACAGUUAAAGAAACCAUAAAGAAAAUAGAAGCUGCUGCAAUGGGUGUAAGACUAUCAGUUGUACGAACGAACAAUUUCAAGGUAUGAACUGCUAACACACCUGAUUCUGUUGCCAAGUAUUAUCUGUCUGUCCAACUAAUGGAUCCUUUCACCAUAUCAGAUGAAAAUUCAUCCUACACAGAAGAUGACUAGAUGCAGUAGAUCGUACUAUGACCUAUCAGCUGAGGUGAUUGAGGUUGCUCCAACAAAUUGUGUCGUAGAAAUAUCAAAAUCUGCAGGGGAGCUAACAAUAUACAAAGAGGCAUGACAAUCUGUUCUUCAAAUUGAUUUUCUUUUCUGAAUGAUGAUAAUCCUCUGAGCUAAUAUAUACAAUGAUGGACAGUUCUGCAAGAGUUUAUCAAGCCUGCUGACAGACAAAUCAGGUCUGUCAUCACGAAUGCAAGAGUCCAAGUCAGUUGACAUCAGUGGUAAUCAUAUUCAAGAAAUUAGAAGCUCUGGAGGGAAUAAUGGCAAUGAUGAUAAAAAGCUCCGAGGAUAUUCAUCCUCAUGAUCAUCUCAUCUUAUUUUUAGUCUCAACCAUCUCUCCAGCUUCCUGCAGACUUAAAAUGAAAGUUACUCCAGAUAGGCAAGACUCAAUGUCAAACUAUAAGAAGUCUUGAAUUUUCAAAUUUUACCCAGCACCUUGUUCUAAGAUGUAUAUUGUAGAUUACAAAUUUUCAUCAAUUUUUUCAUUCAAAAAUAAAACGGCAUAUAAAGGAAUUUGUUCACUUCUCAUCUACCCAUGCUUCCUCCUGCCAAUUUCUUUGCCCAGGAGAUGAACAGAACUAAAGGAUGAUAAGAAAGCAAAAUAUUAAAA